ACUGCUUCUUCUUCUUCUUGUUUCUCUCCUAUUUUCUUCUGCUGCUUCUUCACAAGAGGUUGAAGAUGUCAGCUCCGAAAUCGGGUGGUGAUCCACUGCCACAUCCGCCGAAAGAACAGCUUCCAGAUAUCUCUUACUGCAUUACAAGCCCUCCUCCAUGGCCUGAGGCUGUUCUACUUGGGUUUCAACACUACCUUGUGAUGCUUGGAACAACAGUUCUGAUUCCAUCGGCUCUUGUUCCACAAAUGGGAGGUGGAAAUGAAGAGAAGGCGAAGCUGAUCCAGACAAUACUGUUUGUAGCUGGAUUGAACACGUUGCUCCAGACAGUGUUUGGAACUAGAUUACCUGCUGUCAUCGGAGCAUCUUAUACAUAUGUCCCAGUUACAAUCUCAAUCAUGCUUUCUGGAAGAUUCAAUGACGUUGCAGAUCCAGUUGAACGAUUUAAGAGGAUAAUUCGGGCUACCCAAGGUGCUUUAAUUGUUGCUUCAACUCUUCAAAUGAUCCUUGGCUUCAGUGGCCUCUGGCGCAAUGUUGUAAGGUUCUUAAGUCCUCUAUCUGCUGCUCCCCUGGUUGGAUUAGUUGGUUAUGGCCUGUACGAGCUGGGUUUUCCUGGUGUUGCUAAGUGUAUCGAGAUUGGACUGCCAGGGCUUAUAAUUCUUAUACUAAUAUCACAGUACAUGCCCCAUGUUAUAAAAGGAGGAAAACAUGUGUUUGCUCGCUUUGCUGUCAUAUUUUCUGUGGCGAUAGUAUGGCUUUUUGCUUUCUUUCUUACACUUGGUGGUGCCUAUAAUGGUGUUGGGACAAAUACUCAAAGAAGCUGUCGGACUGAUCGUGCUGGGCUUAUAAGUGCUGCUCCAUGGAUAAGAGUUCCAUGGCCGUUCCAAUGGGGCGCACCAUUGUUUGAUGCUGGUGAAGCCUUUGCCAUGAUGAUGGCCUCUUUUGUUGCUCUUGUUGAGUCCACAGGUGCUUUUAUUGCUGUCUCAAGAUAUGCUAGUGCCACAAUGCCGCCACCUUCUGUUAUCAGCCGCGGGGUUGGUUGGCAGGGAGUUGCAAUUUUAAUCUCAGGGUUGUUCGGAACUGGUAUAGGGUCUUCAGUUUCUGUCGAAAAUGCGGGUCUACUGGCACUAACAAAAAUUGGUAGCAGGAGAGUUGUCCAAAUAUCUGCAGGCUUUAUGAUAUUCUUCUCAAUUCUUGGGAAGUUUGGGGCAGUGUUUGCAUCAAUACCUGCUCCUAUCAUUGCCGCCUUGUACUGUCUCUUCUUUGCGUAUGUAGGUGCUGGAGGACUGAGUUUGCUGCAAUUCUGCAACCUGAAUAGCUUCAGGACAUUGUUCAUACUGGGUUUCUCAAUCUUCUUAGGCCUAUCAAUUCCACAAUAUUUCAACGAGCACACAGCCAUCAAAGGCUAUGGUCCAGUUCAUACUGGAGCAAGAUGGUUCAACGACAUGGUCAAUGUGCCCUUCUCGUCUAAGGCCUUUGUGGGAGGAUGUGUGGCUUACUUAUUGGAUACGACGCUUCACAAGAAAGAUGGUUCGAUAAGGAAAGACCGAGGUAAACACUGGUGGGACAGAUUCUGGACUUUCAAGAACGACCCAAGAACCGAAGAGUUCUAUGCUCUUCCUUUCAACCUCAACAAAUACUUCCCUUCUGUCUGAAAAAAAAUCCUUCCAAACUUGAUGGAAUGCUAUUUUGCUAGGUUUUAUGUGCAUAUUCGGUGAGGAGACUAGAAAACGCUAUAUUAUAAUUUAUAACCCAAAGUGUUAGUAACUUUUAAGAAACAUUGCUGUGAUGU